AGUGAGCCCUUGGAGGCCCGGAUGCGGCUGGAGCGAAAGAAGGAGCGGGGCGGGGACGAUGGCGGCGCUGAGGCCCGAUGAGGAGCUGGGGCUGCGGGCGACUGAGAUGGAAGAAGAGGAGGGGAUGGGCCGUGGAGAGGAGCAGUCGCUGCAGCUGAACCUGGGGGACCUGGACCUCACCUCUGAUGAGUUCAUCCUGGAUGAAGUGGACAUUCACAUCCAAGCCAACCUGGAGGACUCCCUGGUUCAGGAGGCGCUGAAGACGGGCAUGGAUCUGCGGCAGUACUCCAAGCAGGUGGAACUGGAGCUGCAGCACAUUGAGCACGCCUCCAUCAGGGACUACAUCAAGGAGAGCAAGAACAUCACCUCCCUGCACAACCAGAUCACCGCCUGUGACGCCAUCCUGGAGCGCAUGGAGCAGAUGCUGAGCUCCUUCCAGUGCGACCUGAGCAGCAUCAGCUGCGAGAUCCAGACGCUGCAGGAGCAGUCGGUGGCCAUGAACCUGCGGCUCAAGAACCGCCAGGCCGUGCGCAGCCAGCUCAGCCAGCUGGUGGACGAGCUCGUGGUGCCAGCUGCUAUGAUCAGCACCAUCCUGGAGGCCCCGGUGACCGAGCAGGACUUCCUGGAGCAGCUGCAUGAGCUGAACAACAAGAUGAACUACGUGAAGGAGCAGGCCUUCCGCGAGACCAUGGCCUGCACUGACGUGCACCACGUGCUGGACCGGCUGAAGGUCAAGGCUGUGACCAAGAUCCGGGAGUUCGUCCUACAAAAAGUCUACUCCUUCCGUAAACCCAUGACCAACUACCAGAUCCCCCAGAAUGCCCUGCUCAAGUACAGGUUCUUCUACCAGUUCCUGCUAGGGAAUGAGCGGUCGGUGGCGCAGGAGCUGCGGGAGCAGUACGUGGAGACCAUGAGCAAGAUCUACCUGUCCUACUUCAAAUCCUACACCAGCCGCCUCAUGAAGAUCCAGUACGAGGAGGUGGCGGAGAAGGAUGACCUGAUGGGAGUGGAGGAUACGGCCAAGAAAGGGUUUUUCUCAAAGCCAUCGCUGAAGAACCGCAACACAAUCUUUACGCUGGGGAACCGGGGCAGUGUGAUCGGGGGGGCCGAGCUGGAGGGGCCCAUCAUUGUGCCUCAUGCCGCCCAGAAGAGCGAUGUCCGCUACCCCUUCGAGUCGCUGUUCCGCAGCCAGCACUAUGCUCUGCUGGACAACAGCUGCCGCGAGUAUCUCUUCCUCUGCGACUUCUUCCUGGUGACGGGGCCCAGCGCCCAGGAGCUCUUCAACGCCGUCAUGGGCAAGACGCUGGCCAUGUUCCUGAAACACAUGGACGCGUACGUGUGUGACUGCUAUGACAGCAUUGCCAUCUUCCUCUGCAUCCACAUCGUCCUGCGCUUCCGAGCCAUCACGGCCAAGCGCAACGUCCCCGCCAUCGACAAGUACUGGGACACGCUGCUGGAGAUCCUGUGGCCGCGGUUCGAGUACAUCCUGGAGCUGAACAUCCAGAGCAUCCAGAACACAGACCCCCAGAAACUGGGCUUCCUGGACACGCGCCCCCACUACAUCACACGGCGCUAUGCGGAGUUCUCCUCUGCCAUCGUCAGCAUCAACCAGACCUUCCCCAACGAGCGAACCCACGCGUUGCUGGGGCAGCUGCAGGUGGAGGUGGAGAACUUCGUGCUGCGGGUGGCGGCUGAGUUCUCAUCGCGCAAGGAGCAGCUCAUCUUCCUCAUCAACAACUACGACAUGAUGCUGAGCGUCCUCAUGGUCACACCCCCUGCCCCAUUCCCUCCCCAGGAGCGGGCAGUGGAGGAAAGCAAGGAGGUGGAGGGCUUCCAGCAGCUGCUUUCAGCCCGGUCCCAGGAGUUCAUCGAGGAGAUUCUGUCGCCCCCGUUUGGGGGGAUGAUCGCCUUCGUCAAGGAGUCGGAGUCACUCAUUGAGAAGGGGCAGCUCGACCGGCUGCGUGGGGAGGAGGCCCGGGUGACCCAGCUGGUGCGCGGAUUCUCUACCACGUGGAAGGCCUCGGUGGAAUUGCUGAGCCAGGACGUCAUGAGAUCCUUCAGCAACUUCAAAAACGGGACCAGCAUCAUCCAGGGGGCGCUGACCCAGCUGAUCCAGUACUAUCACCGCUUCCACAAGGUGCUAACUCAGCCCCCCCUGCGCGCCCUGCCGGCCCGCGCCGAGCUCAUCAACAUCCACCACCUCAUGGUGGAGCUGAAGAAACACAAGCCCAACUUCUAGGAGAGGGGAGCCUGCACGUGCCCCCCUCCAACCCUGCCCCUGGCAUGGGCAGAUCGGCGCAGCCCCCUUCCCCGUGUGGGUACGGGGUGGUCUGUGCCCCCUCCCCCCACCUGCCCAAUGCACUGUGGGGAGUGGAAGAUCCUUGUCCCACAUUUUCCCCCGCCCCAUGGAGCCCUGCCCCAUGCUGCUAUAACCUCCUGGGACCAGUCCAACCCCAGCACUCCCCACCAACCUGUGGGGCCCCUAUGGUUGGGGGGUGGCUCCAGGCUGCACCCCUCUCUGCCCUGCAGGGGCUCCCCACAAGGGAAGGGGAAGGUGAGGGACCUGCAGGUGGGUGUCGGGGGGGGGGCUCUCUUCUCCCCUCCAGAUUGCUUGUGUGUGUGUGUGUGUGUGUGUGUGUAUCUGACUUUGAACAGUGACAAUAAACUCCCUGCUACUCA